AUGUCUUCAUUAAAGAAGCGACUCAGUAAAUUGAUCCCGGAUCGCAUUAGCAAAAACAGCAGCAACAGUUCAAGCAGCGAAAAUGUGCCAUCUGCUCCAAGCAAAGAAGAAGGGAUUGAAGGUUCUUCUACACCCAAUACACCCACUACACCACAUGGAGCUUCAACAUCUACUCCUCGAAUUGAUGGUGCUCAAACACCAGAACGAUCAAACUCUCGACGAGUGAGUCGAGAGAUCAUUGAUCAAAAUAGGGCGAGAAAAAGUAUGGAUAAGGAACGUACAAAGGCAGAGAAUAAGAAGAAACAAUCUUUGGCAAGAAUAGAAGAUGAGAAAUUCUUAAAAGAAGGACCAGAGGCUCUUACACAACUCUAUCGGCCAUACAGUAUGAUUCAAAGUAAACAUUGGAGACAUGAAGAGAGAGCUUUAUUCAAGAAUAUCAAUUGGGCUAAAAUGGAUGGUCAAGUUAUUAAUUUUAGAGCUCGAAUGCAUACACUUCGAAGAAUGUCUGCCAAAUUGGUAUUCAUCGUUUUCCGUCAACAAACCAUCACAAUUCAAGGAGUUUUGCAGAGCUUCAAACCUAGCGAGGGACAAAGUGAGCAUGGUACAAUUUCCGAACAGAUGGUCCGAACUGUUGAACAUUACCCCGCCGAAACAAUUGUCGUUGUUCACGCCAAAAUUCGAAAAUCCCUCCAAAUUGUUAAGAAUGCUACAGUUCAUGAUUAUGAAUUGCAGGUUUACGAGGUUCAUAGGGUGGUUCCCUUGACCGAAAAUGUACCAUUCACGGUAUACGAUGCGGAAAAUAUCAACAGAGAGAAGGAAAUUGACAUGGACGAUGAUUCUGGUGAUGAUUCAGUUGCAACAAGUCAACCAAUGUCACCAAUUCCAACAGAUACACCAAAAGGUCCUCCUGCUCGUGCUUCCACUGAUCUCGCACGUCAUGCUUUUGCAAAAUUGGACAAUAAGAAUCUUGAGAGUAGAACUUCAAUGGAUACAAAUAAUAACCAAAAGCGGUCCCUACCACAAAGAGUGAGAUUGAACAACAGAAUUAUUGAUUUACGGACGACUCCUGCACAAGCCAUUUUCCGUAUACAAUCUGGAAUCUGUAACCUAUUCCGCUCAUACCUUGACACACAAGGCUUCAUCGAAAUUCAUACACCAAAAUUACAAGGAGGUGCUACCGAAUCUGGUUCAACUGUUUUCGAACUCAACUAUUUUGGAAGAUCUGCUUUCUUGGCUCAAUCCCCUCAAUUGGCCAAACAAAUGUGUAUAGCAGCUGAUUUCGAGAGAGUUUAUGAAAUUGGUGCGGUUUUCCGUGCUGAAGAUAGUAACACACCUCGUCAUUUGACCGAAUAUACUGGAUUGGAUCUUGAGAUGGCUUUGGAAGAACAUUAUCAUGAGGCUUUGACUCUCAUUGAUGCUAUGUUCAAAAACCUGUGGAAAGGAAUUUAUGACCGAUAUCAAAAGGAGAUUGAUCUCAUUGAUCAAUUUUAUCCACAUACCAAAGUCGAAUGGUUAGACGAGACUCCGAGAAUUCCAUUUUCCGUUGGUGUUAAGAUGUUGAUUGAUUCUGGUUGGGUUGAAGAAGAUGGAAGUUUACCAUCUGAGGUUGAAGAUCUUUCUACUCGAGCAGAAAUUCGAUUGGGUGCAUUGGUCAAGGAGAAGUAUCAUACUGAUUAUUAUAUCCUCGACAAAUUCCCUGCUUCGGUUCGACCAUUUUAUACCAUGCCUGAUCCAGAGGAUGAUCGAUUCACCAAUUCUUUUGAUAUCUUUAUGCGUGGACAAGAAAUUUUGACUGGUGGUCAACGUAUUCAUGAUGCUGAAUUUUUAGAAAAGCGCAUGAAGCAAAAGGGUAUCAAACCAGAGAGUAUGCCAGAAUACCUUGAAGGUUUCAGAUGGGGAGCACCACCUCACGCAGGUUGUGGUAUUGGACUUGAACGUCUUACCUAUCUUUUCCUUAGUCUCGGCAAUAUUCGACUUGCAUCUCUCUUCCCAAGGGAUCCCAAAUCACUUCCAGCUAAACCUCCUACUCUUGUUCUUCGUCAUGAAGAUGCAUCAACACUUAACCCAAAAUGGGAACAGGAUGGAGUUGAGUUCCGCCCCGAAUUACUUCCACCUUUGGAGAAAUUGAUUGCCAAUUAUGGUGAUGCAGCCAACACUUCUUGGUUAGACAAACGUUAUCACGUGUGGAGACAUUCUACCACUGGUGCCGCUCAAGGUUAUGUCAUUCAUAACUCAUACGCUAUUAUUAUUGGAGAACCUCUAUGCGACAAAUCUCAAGCUCCAUCAAUCGUUUCCGCUUUCCUCAAUUACAUGAAUACCGAACAUAAGAAUCUCAAACCAAUUUGGAUGAUCAUUGGUCCUCGAACUGAAGAAUAUCUUGGUGAGAAAUUUGGUUGGCGUACCUUGUCUCCAGCCGCCGAAGAACGUGCCGACCCACGAAAUAAUCCUGCAGCCAAGGACAACGACCUGGCACGUAAGGUUCGACAUGCUGAAAAGGAGGGAGUCAAACUUCAAACCAUUCCUUUUAAUGAACCAGUUCCAGAUGACUUUAAAGAAAAGGUCAACGCACGCAUUCAAGAUUGGCAAAAGAAUCGAAAGGGUACUCAGGUUCAUCUUACCGAAAUUAGACCCUGGGUUGAUGAAGCUCAUCGUAAAUACUUUUACGCUCAAGGUCCCGAUGGAAAUAUUCAUGCCAUUAAUGUUCUUCAUCAACUCAGUCCCGAAAAUGGAUAUCAAGUCAAAUUCUCCCUCGAAUUCCCAAACGCUCCAUCCGGUACUGUUGAAUCCCUCUUACUUUACUCAAUGAAACAAUUGAGUGCAGCGGAACCAGAUGUUAAACGUAUCACUUUUGGUACAGGAGCUCAACCACAUAUUGAAGGUGGAAGGAACUUGGGAAAACAUAGGAUUAAGGCAUUGAAGAAGGCUUAUGAGACGAUUAUUAAGCAAGCGAGGUUAUUGGGUAAGAGUGAAUUUAGAGAGAAGAUGGGAACCUGGAAUGAGGGAGUUUAUGUAGCUUAUCCUAAGGGUGGAUUGGGUGCUGGUGGUAUUAGAGCUUUGAUGGGUUUCCUUGAGGAUGAUGGUUAG